AUGGGUAACUAUAUUUCUUGCACUUUAUCAGGGCCAGGAGGCAACAAAGAAUCAAGAGGGAUAAAAGUUAUAUUCCCAUGUGGUGAAAUUAGGCAUUUUUAUGAACCGAUUAAAGCAGCAGAGAUUAUGAUGGAAACUCCUAAUUUCUUUCUUGUGAACACUCGAUCACUUCAUAUUGGAAGGAGAUUUUCUGCGUUAAAUGCAGACGAAGAUCUUGAAAUGGGAAAUGUUUAUGUUAUGUUUCCGAUGAAAAGAGUGAAUUCUUUUGUAUCAGCAGGUGAUAUGGGUGCUCUGUUACUUACUGCGAACUCUGUUUCCAAAAGGGUGUCAAUAGGGAGUUUAAGAAUCUUGCCUGAAGAGAAUUAUUGUACUUUGCCUAAGUUGAAUUUGGAUGAUAUUGAAGAUUUUUCAAGUGAAGAAUUUAAGCAUAGGUUAUCUAUGUGUAGAUCGAAGAAGCCAUUGUUGGAAACUAUUGCUGAAGAACCAGUUUGUUUAAGAUGA